AUGCUGGCAUACGAUGACGCACACGGCGAUAACGUGUCCUACAAAGUUAUUGCUCUAAUGUCGGCAGUACGAGAAAAGACUGUUCCAUUGCUCAAAGAAUGCAAUAUAACGGUGUCCUCUAAUUCUACUUCUUCUAAAGAUGAAUUUAAAACAGAGUCGCAUCAUAUACUCCCUUUCAGAAAUAUAAGCUGCAGUAAAGAUGCAGCAAUACGUGCGCAAGUGAGGCGAUGUCGGGGACUGCUUGAAAGUCUGCUACGAGUUCUGCGGGUGGCAUCAACUUCAGGAUUCGCCGACAUGAAAGCUGUUGAAAACUGCAUCUGCGCAAUUAGGAACCUUGCUUAUGCACUACGGGAAAAUAGUGCUUCUACCAAUAAUGAGAGCAAGCCUUUGGCUAGUCGAUUAAUUGAUAGAGCCUUCGGAACUCUAAGUCGAAAUAAGCCAAUUGAGGAGGGUGAUGAGAGAGUUACACCUGAACUGGGUACAACUUCAGCAGAAUCUGUUCUGUGGCAUCCCGAUGCUGUAGCCACUUAUCUUCUGGUUUUGAACCGAACAUCCAACCCAGUGUGCCUCGAAGCUGCUGCUGGAGUUAUUCAAAAUUUAACUGCCUCGAAAAAGUGGCCUCCCGCAACAGUUGUUCGUACGGAAGUACGAUUGCAACAAGGAUUACCAACUCUUGUAAAUUUGCUCCAUUCCACUGAUAGUCCCGUCGCUAUUACUGCGGCAAUGACUAUUCAGAACAUUACUCUGGAACGAGAGUCUCUAAUUGAACUUGGACGACAAUCCCUCUCGACCCUUGUAACAUGCCUUUCAACCGAAACGGAUUUGAUUCGGAGUCGCUCACUAUCUAGUUUGACAUCUUUCGCAACCUCAGCAACAAUAUUUCAAAUCCCUGCCAAUGUUAAUCUUCAGAUGUUAAUGCCUGUACUUUGCUUGUGUUCCAGAAUUGUUCUCUGUCAGGAUGACUUUGCAAGCCGCUUUGUUGAACUGGGCGGUGUCCAGCGUCUCAACAGUCUUAUUCAAGUUUUGAAUUCGGAGAAGGGUUCUACGGAGUGUGAUACUCGAGAAAGGUGCAUUCAAGCGGCUAUUCAAUUAUUGAAGGGGCUCUGGAAAAUUAAAACUCUACACUCUUUCUAUUCGGAGUGCGGUCUAACAGAAGAAGAUUUUCUUCAAAAGAAGGCCAGCAUCAUUCAAAAGAAAUCAAAACCCCGACCCCAAAGCCGCAAUCGACGCGUACCAUUGACACGUGCCCAGCAAUACACACUAACGCAGGAUCGCUCGAGAGGUAAAAGCCAGCAAGCUCGUAGCUAUCGACCGAAUAACGAACAAAGAGAGGUCAUUACACGUGCCCCUUCGGCAGCUUCUUCUGCUUACCAACUGAGCUUAUUCUCAAAUUCAAUUAGAGGUCAGUCAGUGGAUGCUCUUAGAAGAGAUUUUGACCAGCCUAUUAAUGCUCGAGAAGCUUAUCCUCAGACUACUUUCACACGGAAGUCAAGGCGUGGGCCGUUAACAAAGGCCCUCGAGGAGCAUAUAUCUGAUGAGGUAUCUUGGAAACAAAAAUAUGGCAUUCAAUCUAAAUUAUACUCCAAAGUGAAACGAAUGGCGAUUAACUCCCACACAUCCCAAAAUGCCAGAAAUCCCACUAUUGCGGUUGGAAGUCUUGAUACCCCAAAAGAGGAGCCUCCUAAUCUCCCGCCACGAAGUAAGUCUUCUUCCAGAACUCUUGCUCCAAAUCGGCACACUUUUGAUUCUCCAACAACUACGAGACGCAGCAAGCAGAAUGAAGGAUGA